AUGAAGUCGGGGGAUGUUGUUUCGGUCGUCGUUGUGGGCCUUGCCCUCAUUGUAGAUGUAGCAACGCGACUGCGAGGAUCUAAACACCCUCUACCAGUCUGGUCUCCCCUGCGCAAUUUUCUCACCCUCCACGACUUGGACGAGACUAUUGGAGAACCCACACACCGUUCCUUCCUCACAUCUGCCGCAUUGGUUCUCCUUCCUCUUUUCCAGUCCACAUUACUUCUUGGCUGUUUUGUAACAGCUCUAGUGUCCGGUCAACCUUACAUAGAAUGGUUUCUUCUGUCUCUUGUUUGGGGCUAUACCUCCCUGAGGCUCGCAUUAGAACCACCCAUUACUCCCCCAUACCUUUCCGUCGCGUUCGCGUUCAUACAAGCUGCUGCUCCAUUAAUCGAGUUAACACUUGAUGCCGUCGACACUGGAGGCACACCUAGAGCUAUCCUUUUCAAUGUCUUGCGGGCUAUCCUUCCAACUAUCUUCCUCUUCGUUCUUGGAACACUUCCCAUGCAAAGCGUUGCAGCUGCGCAAAACAUCGCCAAACCAACUGAUGCGCCUUCGGUCACAAUGUCGUGUCCAGAGGACAAUGUUACCUUGUGGCAAUGGGCAACGUUCUCUUUUGUUGAACCAAUAUUUCAUCAGGCCAACAAGGCAACCCUCAAUGAUACAGACGUCUGGAGUCUCUCCCCUUACUUCAAGCACAAGAACCUGUUCAACAAAUACCUCAAAUACCGUGCUAAUCACCCCACCCACUCGCUCAUCCGAUUCUUGCUUGCCUCGAAUUCCUUGGAUUUGAUCCUGGAUGUUGUUCUCGAGUUCUGGAGUGCGGUCGUGGGGUUUGUGCCGGCUUAUGCUCUCCAAGAAAUUCUGUCAGAAUUGGCAACUCCAAGCCCCGAAUCGCGGAGUAGAGCUUAUUACUGGACCCUCGUCACCUUUCUCGCACACCUGUCAUUUGCACAGAAGGACUUGAUAAAGGGUUGGCAUACGCGUAGGUGUUAUGAGAGGCAAUAUAGGACGCGUGGUCAAUUGUUUUGUGCACUACACUACAAGUCUUUAGUUCGACAAGACAUGAGCGGGAAAGUUACCACGAAAGAUGGAGAGGAAACUGAAAAUGCUGCGAAUCUUGGUAAAAUCGUCAAUCUGAUGCAGGGUGAUUCUUACGCCGUCGCGCAACGUUUUUGGGAGUUUUCUGCCCUCUUUGCUUCGCCUGUGCGCUUGGUUAUCGCACUUGUUUUCCUCUACAACAUCCUUGGUUGGAGUGCCUUGUCUGGCGUUGUUGUCGUGUUAUUGGCCUAUGUGGUCAAUUAUCCGCUGGCUCGUUACAACAUAUACAUCACCCGAGAAAGCUGGAAAUCUCGGGACCUACGCAUGGAGCGCGUGAAUGAACUUCUCCAGAACAUCCGUUUCCUCAAAUUCUUUGGCUGGGAAUAUCAGUGGUCAAGCACGGCCGGUAAAGCUCGAGAGACAGAGCUCGGAUGGCGGGUCAAAGAAAACGCUGUUGACACAAUUAUUUCCUUUAUCUGGACUUGGAUUCCGUCGGCCACAGCGCUCUCGUCCUUCCUCUGCUAUACGCUCAUCGCAGGCGAACGCCUAACUGUUUCAAAAGCAUUCACAUCGUUGGCACUAUUCUCUCAAUUGCAAGAGCCCAUGACUGCGCUUCCCGGCCAAUUCUUUGCGAUGCUGCAUGCCUAUGUGUCGAUGCAGCGAAUAGAGGCCUUCUUGACUGAAGACGAGGUGCCCAAGUGGGCUUCUACACUUACCAACGGGGCUGAACAGCGUGCUCAAAGCACGGAUAUUGGGUUCGAAUCUGGCGUAUUUGAGUGGCAAGUGCCCUCCGAAUCCUCUCUUAAUUCUGCUCGGUUUCAACUUGGACCACUAAACAUCAGUUUUCCCCGUGGAAAAUUAACGCUCGUCAGCGGAGCCACAGGUUCUGGUAAAACUGCAUUGCUGUCAGCACUGCUUGGAGAAAUGCAUUGCGUGGAUGGGCAAGUCUAUCUUAACAAAUCCGGGCAUCAAGUUGCCUAUUGCGCUCAAAACCCGUGGUUGGAACAUGCGACGAUUCGCGAUAACAUUGUUUUUGGUGCCUCGUUCGGGUUUGACGAAGCUCGAUAUCAGGCGGUCAUAGAAGCGUGUGCUCUCCUCCCUGACCUCAAGAUUUUCGAUGCUGGCGAUAUGACUGGCAAGUUUAGCAUGAUGUCCGUUGCUUGUCAACGCUUACCAACGUUCAUAGAAAUCGGAGAACGCGGCGUCACUUUAUCCGGAGGACAACGUGCCAGGAUUGCAUUAGCGCGGAGUCUUUACUCCCAAGCGAAGUGUAUUCUUCUUGAUGAUCCCUUGGCAGCUGUGGACAUGCAUACGGCCACCCAUAUAGUCGAGAACUGUUUGACAGGAUUUUUUGCUCAAGAUCGGACGAUCAUUCUAGUUACACACCAUAUCAGCCUCUGUCUGCCGGUGGCCCACUACAUCGUUGAAUUGGCCGAAGGACAAGUUUUACGCCAAGGGACUAUCAAAAGCUUCGAGCAAACCGGCAUCCUGCAAAAGGUGGUCGAAACCGAAGACCAACCCUUCGUGGAAGAAGAGAAGGAGGUGUCUAUCCCAGCUGAAAACGAGGCCGAUGCAAUUUUGCCAAAAGUUGUCGAGCCAGUCAAGCGGGUCCGCACCGAUGGGAAGCUGAUUGAAGCAGAAGCACGGGCAGAGGGGCGAGUCUCUUUGAGGACAUACCUCACUUAUAUCCGUGCCGCGGGCCUUUUCUCUUGGAUUUUCACGCUGCUUUUGAUGCUCCUGAUCCGUGGGAUCAAUAUUACUAAUCAAGUUUUCUUGGCUGAAUGGGGCGAGGCAUACCAAGAAGAUGUUAUCGUCAGCUUGUUCAACAAACUCCACGCGCAAACUCUCCCCUGGGACGGCCUGCCUUCUCCCAAUGUAAACGUACGGCCCUGGCUGAUGAUUUACCUUGAAAUAUCGCUGCUCGGGGCAUUUUCGGUAUUCGUAUAUAUCGGUCUCGGCUACUACGCGAGUCUUCAGGCAUCGCGAUCCCUCUUUCUCUCCCUGCUGCGUCGCUUGACUCGUGCGCCAGCCCGUUUUUUCGACGUUACCCCAAUCGGGCGGAUUCUCAACCGUUUCACCACCGACAUCAACGUUAUUGACGGGGCCCUCCAAAAUUCUGCCAGGAGCUGUCUUUCUGGAGUCCUGAACUUUAUCGCUUCCUUUUGCGUUAUCCUCUUUGUCAUCCCCCGUUUCGCCCCGUUUGCGUUGUUCAUCGCUUGGCUCUACAUCCGCUUGGCUCCACGCUUCGUAAGGGCCUCGAGAGAUUUGCGCCGCUUAGAGUCCAUCUCGCUGAGCCCGGCUUUUGCUGGUUUUGAUGAGCUCCUGCGAGGUAUAACGCAUGUUCGGGCGUUUGGGAUGGAACAGCGGUACCAGGACCGUUUCUACGCGAGAGUAGACAAGUUCCAGUCCUUUGAUCACGUCUAUUGGCUCGUCAGCGGAUGGUUACGAUGGCGCUAUGACUGUCUUGGCUCGCUGGUCGUGUUCGCAACGACGUUGUUUGCAUUAUGGGCUCGUGUGUCGAAUGGUUUGGCAGCCAUCGUCAUUGUCCAGGCGGGAAUAUUUGCUGAAGCUAGUCGACAGCUUGUGCGAGUUGCAGCACAGCUUGAGCUCGACUUCAAUAGCGUUGAGCGUGUCAUUGAGUACCUUGACAUUCCUCAAGAAGCACCCGCAGUUGUCAAGGAAAGCAGACCGCCGGCUUACUGGCCAUCGAGCAGCGGGAGCCUUGUUGUGGAGAACCUGGAGGUCCGAUAUGCGCCGGAUUUACCGUCGGUUCUGCGGCAACUAUCCUUCACCAUCCGUCCCUCCGAGAAGAUCGGAGUCGUGGGACGGACCGGCUCGGGCAAGUCCACGCUGGCGUUGUCGCUUCUUCGAAUGGUGGAGCCUGUAGGAGGGAGAAUAUUCGUUGACGGCGUUGACAUCUCCACAAUUGGGUUGGAAGAUUUACGGACUAAAAUCACCAUCGUCAGUCAGGAUGUCUCGCUGUUUUCUGGGACAAUACGCAGCAACUUGGACCCUCUUGGGCAGAGUACUGAUGAAGAAUGCGUGGAGGUGUUGGAGCGGUGUCAUCUCACGACGCUAUUGAAGCACAAAGAGUCGAGCAUUCUCGAUAUGCCGGUCAGUGCCGGGUCUUUGAGUGCCGGAGAGCGGCAGUUGGUCGCGUUGUCGAGGGCUAUUCUAAGGAGGACGAAUAUCAUCAUCAUGGAUGAAGCGACGAGCCAGAUUGAUUCACACUUAGAUGACCAGAUCCAGAAGACGAUCCGGGAAGAGCUAUCUGGCGCUAUUGUUAUUACCAUCGCACAUAGACUCAAGACCAUCAUCGACUACGACCGCAUUCUGGUUUUGCAUGACGGCGAGCUGGCGGAGUUUGGCACGCCUAGAGAGUUGCUGCGUAGACAGGGUGGUAUUUUGCGGGAGAUGUGCAGGAAGAGUCCGGACUGGCCAUUGUUUGCCGCGAUAGCUACUUAG